GGGUUAUUCCUCAUGAAUAACUUUACCUGAGACUAAAACUGAACAUGAGCAUUUGAUUUAAGUUCCUCACUAGAUCUUCUGCUGAAGCGCCGCUCUACCUACCAUCACCGCUAGGUGGCGCCAUUACUGCAACAAGAGAGAGGAUUGUCCGACCUCAAAACCAAUAAUUAACAACUAAUACGCAGGCAUGGACUUCAUCCAGCAAAUCGUCCAUGGUUGAGACCAAAAAACAGGAAAACGGAAAAGAAGUGUAUGUGUCUGAUUCUGAACUGAUACAAGAUGUGUAGCGGCGAUACGAAACGGUGUGCAGAAUGGAGAUAAAUUAGAUUAUUGGAUUGGCUGUGACAGAUUAUAGCCCGUCUGUUUCUUCGAUGCUGCAUGCAAAAACUACAAGUUAUCUGCAUGUAGAAAGUUAACCAAGUGGCGACCAUGCUGAGCGGGCUCCUAGACGGGCUCUUGUGCUGCCUCACCGGCCGCUCCGCUAACGUGGUGUGCCCCCUGGAAACCUCGGAGCUGGCCGACGGCUACGAGUUCGUGGAGGUGAAGCCGGGCCGCGUGCUGCGCGUCCGCCACGUGGUCCCGGAGCGCCCCCUGGUGGAGGAGCCUCGGGGGCCCGGGGCCACCGUCAGCUGCAAGCGCCGCAUCACGCUGUACCGCAACGGGCAGAUGCUGAUCGAGAACCUGGGCGAGCGGGCGGGCCGCGCGGAGCUCAGCAACGGGCAGGUGGCGGGAGGCGGAGGAGGAGGAGGAGGAGGAGGGGGGGGGGAGGCGGAGCCUAUCGCGGGCGUGGCCCUGGAUGUGACGGACCCCGUGCCCGACGGGGCCCCCGGGGUCGCUGGGGGCCAGGCGGAGGAAGGGGACGUAGGAGGAGGAGAGGCUGGGGAGUCAAAGGACCCCAAACAGCAGCAGAAGAACCAGCAGCAGCAACAGGCCCCUCAGCCGCAGCCACAGGGCCCCCAGCAGCCACAGGGCCCCCAGCAGCAGCCACAGGCCCCUCAGCCGCAGCCACAGGGCCCCCCGCAACCGCAGGACCCGCAGCAGCAGCAGCAGCAACAACAGGACCCUCGGUUCCGCAAGCGCAAGCCCAAGCGCACGGUGGUGGUGGACUGCGAGCGGAAGAUCACGGCGUGCAAGGGCACGCACGCCGACGUGGCGCUCUUCUUCCUGCACGGCGUGGGGGGGUCGCUGGACAUCUGGGGCAGCCAGCUGGACUUCUUCUCCCAGCUGGGCUACGAGGUCAUCGCCCCCGACCUGGCGGGCCACGGGGCAAGCUCCGCCCCCCAGAUCGCCGCCGCCUACACCUUCUACGCCCUGGCCGAGGACAUGCGCGUGCUGUUCAAGAGAUACGCCCGCAAGAGGAACGUGCUGAUCGGCCACUCGUACGGGGUCUCCUUCUGCACCUUCCUGGCCCACGAGUACCCGGAGCAGGUCCACAAGGUGGUGAUGAUCAACGGGGGGGGGCCCACGGCGCUGGAGCCCAGCCUCUGCUCCAUCUUCAACCUGCCCACCUGCGUGCUCCACUGCCUGUCCCCCAUCCUGGCCUGGAGCUUCCUCAAGGCGGGCUUCGCCCAGCAGGGCUCCAGGGAGCGGCAGCUGCUGAAGGAGAACAACGCCUUCAACGUGUCGUCCUUCGUGCUGCGGGCCACCAUGAGCGGGCAGUACUGGCCCGAGGGUGACGAGGCGUACCACGCAGAGCUGGUCGUGCCCGUGCUGCUGGUGCACGGCAUGUGUGACAAGUUCGUGCCCGUGGAGGAGGACCAGCGCAUGGCCGAGAUCCUCCUGCUGGCCUUCCUCAAGGUGCUGGACAACGGCAGCCACAUGAUCAUGAUGGAGUGCCCUGAGGCGGUCAACACCCUGCUCCACGAGUUCCUCCUCUGGGAGCCCGACUCCUCCAGCCAGCGGGAGCCCAAGGCCCGCCCUGCCACCGCCAAGGCGGCGCCCUGCGGCGGCCGGGGGCCCGAGUCCCCCGAGGUCCGGCCGGGCACCGCCAGGCUGGCCUCCACCAACGGGAACACCACGCGGGACCCCCGAUAAGGCGAGGAACGGCGACGCGCCACGGUCCUCAUCGCGCCGUUAAGACGCGAACCGACGGCCGGGGGGAACCCAGCGGUGGUCGGGGGCCUCGAGGGCCCCCCCCGGGUGAAUCGCGGACUCCUCGCGGUGUUAAAGGGUGUACCCGCGGCGGGACGCGAACACGUCGGAGGCAGACGGAGCCGCUGUGAGGGUGAUGAGGAAGGACCAGGCCGACCAGGCGGGGGGGGGGGGGUCAGGGUCCGUCCAGACUUUGAAGGAGGGUUUACGGCGGAUGAAGGGAUGGAGGGCAUUGAGGUGCGACCGCCGUCAGUCUCCGGGCCGAUCCGUGGAGCCAAAGGACAGACAGCCAGUCUGAUAGGAACAGAACCAGCGGACGGUUUUGAUUGGUCCUCGUAGCUUGGCAGCUUUGUUAUUGGCUGGUGGGAUGGUUGGACUUUAAUAAAAUAAAAGCUUCACUGAACUUUGAUCUCCUAUAACUUUAAGGACCUUUCCAGAGAACGAGGCAAUCGGACGAAAACAUGCACCGUGUCGAUGUGCAAAUAGUUUGAUGAAAGGUUUCUACCACAACCAGUAUAUUAUGGAGCCAAAAAGAUUGGAUCCCAUUUUUGUACAGACUUUGUACUGUUUUCUACACCACUCAAUCUACUGUGUGCUGUGCUGCUAGCACUGACUCUGCUGCUAAACCCUCUAUGACGCGAGUAAAGGGUGUUGAUCUUAUGUUAUUAUGUUUUAUUAUACAUCAUGUUUGUCGUCCGCAGUCUUGAUGCAGAACUGAGGAGCACUUUUUGGUCACUAAAUCAUGCAUCUUCCCUUUACAUUGCAUUACAUCGUGUCGACUGUAACGAUCGUGUAAAACUAGGACGGUGAAUGGGACGUCUGUAGCAGACGAUAACGUACCUAUUCAGGGGUUCGUCUAGCUCAGAAGGUAGAUCUAUGUGUGCGGUCACCCAUAACCCGAAGGUUGCCUGUUCGAACCCCGGCUUCUCCUAGGGGAGUGUCUAGGUGUCCCUGAGCGAGACGCCUUGCUGAUUCCGCUGUCCUUGUGUUAAUGUGUACGUAUGAACUGUUGUAAGUCGCUAUGGAUGUAAAAGAGUGUAUGAAACUGUUGUAAGUCAUUUUGGAUAAAGGCGUCUGCUAAUUGCCCUAAAAUGUUGAUGUUACCCCUCAGUUCUCUGCUCGUCUAACCAGUUAUAGAUCCUGAAUACCUCAUUGCACACAUCAUUUAUAUGUUGUUUGUAAUUUAAUCAACAUCUUUAUUUAUCUGCAUUACUAAAUGUAUUGAUUUGUCAGUAUGCUGAUGUGGCGACCAAAUGUCCUCUUUGGGGAUUUAGAAAGUAUUUAUUAACUUGCUAGCCUUUGAUUUCGUACAUUUGUAUUAAAAACCCUUCUUAGUCCUAACAGUUAAAAUGUGAAGGUGGAGUUGGAUCUUUGAUUUCACCCCAACCCCAUAAGGUUUCUCAGCAUCUCGUCCAAGAGUUCUUUAAAUAUUUAAAACAAACCUUUCAGUUUGCUUGGGAAAAUUACUUGAAAGAUGUUUUCAGAUUGGACACGUUUCAUUAUUAGGAAGCGCUUUUAUACAUUAUCAUGUUUCUGCGGUUUAUGUUUGUUGCCAUCAAAUCAUACAUCAUCAUCAUUAUACAGAACUAUCCAUUACACAACUCGCUUCACUGUUGUUCUUUUUGUCUUUCAAAAUAAUUCAAGCAUUCAAUACUGUGUGGUGACAAAAUUUAAAUAUCUAUAAAGAC